UCGCUAAUAUAGUAAUCAGGCCUCUGGCAGCCUAUCAGGCCCAAACACAGGCACACAACACUUCAAAUUAAAAUGAGGGGCAAAUUCACUGCCGCCUGCUUACAUCUUUUCUGUUUGGGUGGUUCUUUUAGGGGAAAACAUUUUGUAGUGACGGUGUUGAACUGACAGCCCCUGGAGGCCUCUGAGCUCAGAACUGGGGCGCGUGGGCGGAAGAACGAGGGAUUUCAUUAGCAUCUUCGCUUUCCCACACCAACUGCCCUCGACACAGUCGGCACGGUUCUAGUCCAACAGCAUAUACACACUCGGAUCCUGAGGGCCGAAGGGGCCGGAUUGUUAAACCCCGCAGGCGUCCGGACCAGAACACGUGCUCUGGGCUCUGCCCGCGGGAAGAUGAGGUUGGACCCGCCGGGUGCUGGAUGCCUGAAGGGUCAAAUCCCCGACCUUUCUUGCCCAGAAGGGUCGCAGCUGGGAGGCGGGCGUGGCUCAGAGGCCGCACGUGGCUUCGACUUCAGCCCGGCCCCAAGUUCACGGCCACUCGGGGGCGCGGGCCCCAGCCGGGCUAGGGGAGCCUCCCGGGUCCCCGCGAGCCCCGGAGGCGGCGGUCCCUCUCCGCCCGACGGCCGCGCCCGCACCGGGGCCCGCGCCGAUUGGCCGGCUGGCGAUCGCUGGGCGGGACGGGGCGGACCUCGCGGCCAGGUGAGGCGCCCCGCCCCUCGGCCGCUCUAGGUGCAGCGGUGGGGACGGUAGGGUCCGAGCCCGGGUCCCGGGACGGGGCUGGGGGCGCCAUGGCCGAGUCCCAGCUGAGCUGCCUGGACGAGGCGCACGUGAACGAGAGGGUAACCCAGGCGCAGGCCGCCUUCUACUACUGCGAGGGGCGGCGGGCCGCGCUGGAGGCGCUGCUGGGUGGAGGCGAGCAGGCCUACGGCGAACGGGUCAAGAAGGAGCGGCUGCGGGACUUCCUCUCCAGCCGAGAGCGCCAGGCCCUCUGCGCCGCCUGGACUCCCUACGAGGAGGCCGUCUCCAACACCCGUGCCAAGGCCAAGGCCAAGGCCCUGGUCGAGCCCAGCGACUCCCUCGCCUACUGGCCAGACCGCUCGGACACCGAAGUGCCCCCGCUGGACCUGGGGUGGACGGACUCCAGCUUCUACCGCGGCGUGAGCCGUGUCACGCUCUUCACCCACCCGCCCAAAGAAGAGAAGGCGCCGCACCUGAAGCAGGUGGUCAGACAGAUGAUCCAGCAGGCCCAGAAGGUCAUUGCUGUGGUCAUGGAUCUUUUCACUGAUGGGGAUAUAUUCCAAGACAUUGUGGAUGCUGCCUCUAAGCGCCGGGUCCCUGUAUACAUCAUCCUGGAUGAGGCAGGAGUGAAGUACUUUUUGGAGAUGUGUCAGGGCCUGGAGCUUGUAGACUUCCGCAUUCGGAACAUCCGUGUCCGCUCUGUGACAGGAGUUGGCUUCUACAUGCCCAUGGGAAAGAUCAAGGGGACUCUCUCAUCGAGGUUCCUGAUGGUGGAUGGGGACAAAGUGGCCACUGGAUCUUACAGCUUUACUUGGAGCUCCUCCUAUGUGGACAGGAAUCUUCUCUUGCUCCUGACAGGGCAGAACGUGGAGCCCUUUGACAUAGAGUUCCGGGAGCUGUAUGCUAUCUCUGAGGAGGUGAACUUGUACCAGCACCUGGGCCUGGCAGGCUGGCGUGGCCUCAACUACUCCUCUACUGUAGCUCGCAAGCUCAUCAAUCCCAAGUACGCCUUAGUGGCAGGCAGCCGCCCUCCUCCAGGAGAGAUGAUGCGCUGGGCCGCCCGGCAGCAACGGGAAGCUGAUUCAGAGGGACAGGAAGAGGGCAGUAGCGGUGGUGAGUCUGCCCGGCGUCUCGAGAGCUUUCUGAAUGACCUGGUCACAGUAGAGCAGGUACUGCCCACAGUGGAGCCCAUUCCCUCGAGACCGCUGAGACCGAAGGAUGGCGGGAUGGUCUCUCACAUGCACGCAGACCUGAGGCACAAGUCCCGAGAGGCACUCCCCCAGAAUGGCAAAGGAGAAGCUGCCAAUGGAGAGGCCACCCCAGCCAAGGAAAGCAGGCGCUUCAGCAGCAGGUUUUUCAGCCGACGAGUGAAGAGGCCGGCAGUGCCCAACAACAUGGCCAGCUCCCCUUCCACGGAGACUUUUGCCGAUGUGGAGUUUCCUCUGGGGAAGAGGCCCAACGACGGUUCUAGUGCCAACAUGUCAGGUAAAGGAAGCCCCAGUGUCACCAAGCGCAGCAACUGUGUCAUCUCCUGAGCUGCAGGGUAGUGGUGGGCAGGCCCUGCAGAUACCCACUCAUCCCGUGCUGUGCUGAGGAGAGCAUGGCCUGUACCCUGCACCGGGUUCCACGUCAGACCCUCACGAGGCCUUCUACCCUGCAGCCUCCAUCCAGCCCUAGGGCCGGGAUCCCAGGUAGCAGGAUCUGAAGCGUCUCAACCAUUCCGUGUCUGUGGCAGACCAAGAUAGCUGCACAAGGAACGCUGUGGCCUUGUUUACAUGAAGUAGAAGCUUGCCUAUCGUCUGCUCUCGUUUAUGCCAACCUGUCCUCAGGUGGGACAAGGGUCGUUCUUCCUGCCUUGGUAGGACAGGAUGUCCAGGGCAGCCCCAGCCUCUUGGCCUUUUCCUUGGACUUCUGGUGCUGUCUAGUUCCCCAUAAUCCAGAAGUUGGUGGAAAAGGGUGAAGAAGGCGAUACUCUGAGCCAGUCUUGCUCCAGCCUUGAAACUCCAGGUAGAAGAUACAGCUGAAACAUCUGGGACAUUGGCUAUUGUGGCCUUAUGGGCACCCAUUCCUGCUGGCUCCUCUGAGUGGAAUUGGGGCGGGGUUGGGGAUACUGCAGCCUCCAGCUAGUGGCAGGAUCUGACCGUGAAGAGCCCCUUUUCCUCCUAUACUGUCAUAGCAAGCCUGGCCUGAGAGCCCCAGGGCUCGCUGGAUGGUGCUGUUGAAAACUGGGCCUCCCUAGAGUGCCUUUCUUUUUGCCUGCUCCUUUCAGGGAGCUUUUGUUUACAGACCUUGUGGAGGACGGGGUCCUUGGAGGAGAGGGGGCCGCACCCUGGGACAAGAACAUUUGUAUUUUUUUUUUCCCUGAUGGUUCUUGGCCUUCUUCACCCAUUAGGGCUUCCUCAGUGAAAUUUCAGCCAAAAACUAGCCUUAGCCUCCUCUAAAGUGUCAGGCUGUUCUUCAGAGCCUCAGUUUCUCUAAAACAGGUUGGCCUAAUUGUCAGGGCAAGCAGCUACCUCUCCUCACAGUGCCCUGUCUAGGCUGAGGGAGAGAAAGCAUCAACCCAGAAGUCGCCUAACUACAGACUGGGUCAGCCCUCCUGGACAGGCUGAGUGGCAGAGGGGCAGAGGGCCACACAAAAGCCUUUCCAGGCCUCCCAACUAAACUCUGGGUACCACUAGAACCAAGGAGGGACCUGGGCAUCUGCAGAGGCAGCUGGUGAGAGACAGGGAGGAGGCGCUGUAGGCUAUGGAGGUGGGGGGACACGUAGCGGCCUGUGCCUGUGUCUGGCCUCCCUGCUGGUGGGGAGGAAGAAGGAGACUAAUGAUGGCCUCAGACCAGAAUCCCCCUGUGCCCUCGAGGUUAGCUUCCCACUGUGGCUUCCCAAGUCUUUGUGAGAAUUAAACACUUCUGGUAAGUGCUUCCUGA